AUGGGCGAUUAUACAAUUGCAUUAUCAUUUUUUCAAAAAUCACUCGAUAUUCGACAAAAAUCUCUUGGCGAAGAUCAUAUUAGUUUUGCUAAUAUAUAUGAUAAUCUUGGUUCUGUUUAUAAGUCAAUAGGUAGUAAAUUGGUUGCACAAUCUUAUUAUCAGAAAGCUUUCGAUAUUCGUCAACGUUCUCUUGAUGAAAAUCAUCCUGAGAUGGCUAAUAGCUAUAAUAAUCUCGGUACAAUUCAUAGUUCAAUUGGAGAUAAAUCAAAAGCACUUGCUUACUAUGAAAGGCACUUGAAAUUCAGCAAAAAUCUUGCUCAAAUAAUCAUCCAGAUUUAG